GCCAAGGAGGCGGGUGGGCGUGGCCCUCCUGCCCCCCGCCGGCCUCCCGUUGGUGGGUUGCUAUGGCGACGGCGGGGACUCACCUGUCCUGAGCGGCUGAGGCUGCUGGCCAGGUUGUUCCCUCCUUGAAGUGGCCCUCCUCGAAGGGGGCGUCGGAGGGCCCUGAGUUCGUAUCCUGCUGCCCUCCUCUCCCCUCGAGAUGUGGGGGAAGGCUGUUGGACUCCCAGGAACGAGCGGCUGACGACGCUCCUCUUGUUCCCCUCUUACAAUAUUGAAAAAGAAAAAAAAAAGAGUACUAACCCAUAGGCUGCAUAGGGCUUUUUCAAAGGGGGGUGUGCAAUCCUUUUUGGGGUGCUUUCCCCCCCCCUCCAUUGCUAGGCUAGACAUUUUCUCUGCUUGACCCUGUUUUAAGAGGACCCCUUCCUCUGCCCUCCUACCACCAGCUUUUUCUGUUUGGGGGGGGGGCAGCUUUUCAUGCCAGAGGUGUGGAUGGCACCGCUUGGUUUUGGAUGGUGCAGCUGUUCCCACUAGCUCUCCGGAACUGGGCAUGUUUGUGCUCUGUUGGGAAGGGGUGGCUCUUAAUAGAAGGAUCCAAAGGGUGUUUCUUUGUGUAUAGCAAUCGACUUCCUUUCGUAGUGCUUGCCCUUGAUUGCAACCGUUGCAUAGUUUUUGGUGCAUCAAACCGGAGGUACUCCUGGUUUGCAUAUUCAUUGGUUCCCCAAACGUGGUGGCCUUGGUAUCCUUCAGAAUCAUGUCAGACACAACCCUCAAGGCGUCUGAAGCCUCUGGACCUCGGGCUGUAGUUACAGAUCAAACUUCUUCUGGUCCUGUUGUUGAAGGCCCCACCGAUUCCUCUUUUGGUGAGCACAAUCUUAGCUUCACCACCACAGACCUCAGCCUGGUGGAGAUGACGGAAAUAGAAUACACACAACUUCAGCAUAUACUCUAUUCCCAUAUGGAGGCCCAGUCAAAUGAAAACGAAGUGGAAAGUAGGUUAAACUCAAAUUGCUUCUCAGCCAACAAUGCUGCAAAUCAGUCCCAUUAUUUGUCAUCUAGUAGCAGUCAAGGUGGCUUCUCAUCAAACAGCUCUGCAAACCAGUCUCUCUACCCCAUUAUCUGCCAGUCUGGCUUGACUUCUGACAGCAGUUUCACGGGACCUAAUCAGUGUCUAGGGCAUAUUGACUUUCAAGAGCUAAGGAUGAUGUUGCUUAGUGAAUCGAGCCUUCCACCAGGCCAAACUGAAAAAGCACCUAAUGGGAGCUCCAUAGAUAUCAACGGGCAAAAUUUAGUAAAAUUAAAAUAUAGUGAAACCUCGGGUGGGAUAAAUAAAGAAAAUGUAGUUGCAGAAACUUUAGCAGCAGUUCCUGAAUCCAGAGCCAAAUCUGCAGUACGUGUUCGAUUAGAAGACCGAUUCAACAGUCUCCAGACUGAAAUUCCCAGGUGCCAAGAAACUCAAGAAACUGGAGUAGCCCUUAACAAUUUAGUAACCCUCAUUCGCCAUCCUUCAGAAGCAAUGGGUGUACCUCUCCACCAGCAGCAGAACAAAUGUACUACUUUAGUGAAAAACAGGACUGCUGCCACUGCAACGGCCGCAUUGCAAUUUACAUGUCCAGUCUUUACAGCAAACACUGUUUCUCCUGCAACUGGAAGCACUAAUGCUGCACAAGCACAGAGCUCUGGAGCCAGUGUGGUAGAAGCAGUCAAACAUCAAGACCUUGCGUUGCCUCGAGCUUUUUCUGUAUGUUACCAGCAAGAAAUUGAAACUAGCAAACAAACAGUUGGUGCCAGAAAUAAAGCUGUACCUGAACAUGUUUGGAUUAAAUUGGGAGGAGAGGCUUUAUGUAAGCAGUCAAUAAAUAGAAGAAGUCGUAGUCGUACCCAUCCCUUGGAUACCAACAUACAGCGCAGACCUCUCGGUGACAUUCAGAAUGUGUGUGAGAAUCAAAACGCUGUCCCAGCUCAGAGUUCGUGGCAAACAGUCCAGCCCUCCCAAAAUACUCACAGUGGAAGCCAAGGCAGCAUCUCCCAACGCCGGGAGAGGCACAACCGGAUGGAAAGAGACAGAAGGCGCAGAAUCAGGAUUUGCUGUGAUGAACUGAAUCUUCUCGUUCCAUUCUGCACUUCAGACACUGAUAAGGCAACAACCUUACAAUGGACAACAGCAUUUCUAAAAUAUAUUCAAGAGCGACAUGGAGAUUCUCUGAAAAAGGAAUUUGAAACUGUGUUCUGUGGUAAAACAGGCAGAAGACUAAAAUUAACAAGAUCAGAUCCCAUAGCAACCUGUGCAGCCCAGGAGAUCACACAGAACAGUACAUCUACGGACAUGAAAUAAUAUGAAAAGUGAUCCACGAUGUCAAAAUCGAAAUUCACCCACUGGACUUUUCUUAUAACAUGGUU